AUGCCCGAACUACUGGAUCUGUGUUACGACGUGCUGAUUCGGAUACUGGAGGAGAUACAUCCUGCUGAUCUCGCUGCGUGUGCGCAAACGUCUAAGGGCUUCAACGAGUUCCUUAAGAAGAACAAACCGCUUUAUAAGACCCUAUACCUCAAGCACUUUGACGAUCCUAGAACGCGAAGACCGGCCGAUCCUGAACCAGAAUGGGUAGAAGCACUGCAAAGAGUGGUGAGAUGUCAAAAGGUGCUUGAGUCAGCCAACAACGAUCUCAAGAAAGAUGAGUUCACGUUCGUCGCAACGACUGUGGAUGAACUUAUUGCCACUAUGUCGCUGGAUGAAUAUGGCAUUACUCACAACGGACAACUGGUGACAGAGUUGUUCCAGCAUAUCGCACAGAAUCACGACGCUUUUAUGUGCCGCUCUUCUCUUUUUGGUCGCGCUGGAUCAGCAAAGCGAAAGCCAGCCGAAGAUGAAGAAAGUCGACAGCUGAGCGCAAAGUUACACAGUCUGUUCGGCUUCCCUCCAUCUAAUGCCGGAAGAAAGGAUCUAUCGACAAAUCCAUAUGCUAGAUCGCGAGUGUACGAUCUACGGAACUAUACCGACAAGAACGAGUGGGGGCCUUUCCGUAAUGACGGGACCUGGCGAGUGGACUGGGAGAUGAUUGAAAGCAUCAUGAUUGUCAUAGGACAUAACUCCUGCUUCUGUGGCCAUGCCGUCUCAAAUCAUCUUCGGCCGCCAUGGUUCAGUCCCCUUGACGGCGUGAUUCCAGUAGAAAGCCCUGGCAACAUGGUAUCAAACUAUACGGCGCUCGUGCAGCAACCAGAUAUCCCGCUCAAAAUGAAGGAUCCGUACCAAGUAGAAGGUAUCUGGGCGCGUAUCGUAUGCUUUCUCGAUUACAACGACUUGUACAAUUACAAUUUCAGCUCUGAAGCGAUGAAAGUGCCCUCUGACGAGCCGCGAGAUGCACUCAACACCGACGAAGCCAUCAGACACAUCGUCAUGGAUUUGCGUAUCACAGACGUCACAGCGCCAGGGCCCUUCGAUGACCCUACCUUCCCAAUCGUGCAUUUUAAAGGCGUAUCCAAGUCUAUAGAUGCUCUUUGGGAUCCUAAUGCCAACUCUGGUAUUCGCGGUACUGUUCGGUUGACACGGGAAGGCGAAGUACGAUGGGAGACAAUCUCAGUAUUCCAAGGCGGUGAGGAGCGAUGGCGCAGUGAUGGCAUCCAGGUUGGCGGGUUGCGCUGUCCACGCGGUGUUGUGGGGACAUGGUUCGACAAGGACUUUGAUGCACAUGGACCUGCUGGGCCCACAGCUUUCUGGAAAGUUGGAGAAAGACCCGCGGAUUCAGAAGAUGAGGAAAGCGAUUCUGAGGAUAGCUUUUGGGUUGCAGCAUAA